AAAAAAUUCAAUUUUUAUUAAAAUUUUGUUACUUUUAAGAUUUUUUUAAUUAACUUCAAUUUUCGAAAAAAAUUUAUACAUAUAUUGAAAUUUUUUAAAUUUUACUUUGUUUAUUGAUAAUUUUUUAAAUAAAUUUUGUUUUUCUUUAAAGAAUUUUUAAAAGAAACGAUGGAGAAAAUGGAUCAUUACACAACCCUAGAAGUGAUGAUUCAGGGUCCAAAAAGAUGGCUUUUGGAAAGCAAUGCGGAACAAUUCAGAGAAUUGUGCAUCACAGGGUUGGCGUUAAGAGCAAGAGACAUUUUUAAUGGGGAGAGAGAUUCUCAUUCUCCAGUUUUUUUAAAUUUCAAUGGAGUACGGGCUAAAGUUCACGGUAUGGUGAAUGGAUACUGGAUACGACGCAUUGACUUGGACUUUAAUGAAAUUUUGAAUGAGGACAACUACACGGGCUUCCGUUUAUUUUUCCAAAUACCUAAUGAAUGGGUGAACAAUUGCUUUGAUCUUCAGAAAUUGACUGAUUUUCUGACAUUGGCGGCAGGAGUAAGGCGAUACGGACUUUUCAGUCCAAGUUCAUCAAUGGAGGACGAUGAGUAUUUCUUGGAACACUUGAAUGUCGUUGUAGAAGUAUUGGAAAUUCAGGAUUUCGUGUUCCUGUUAAAAAAACGUCCUGAUAUUGACAAUUUAUCGGGAGAUGAAUUUGAUUUUGACAUCAUAGAAGGUCCGGUUUCAAAUCCAGCAGAAACCGAAGAAUUUACAAUGAGUCAAAUGGACAUUGAUUUCCAUCCAACUCAAGGUGUCAAAAUUGAAGAAAUUGUGGUUAUAGAUGAGGAAAAUGAGGAGGAGGAGAGGCAAAGGGAGGUAAACGAAGCCACUAGUCUCCUGGAAGUAAUAAUUAAACAGGAACCACAGGAACCAGACGAUGAGGAGACUCAUUAUUAA